AUGGAUUACUCCUACCUGAACUCAUAUGACUCGUGCAUGGCGGCCAUGGAGGCAUCGGCCUACGCGGACUUCAGCUCCUGCAGCCAGGCCAGCUCGUUCCAGUACAACCCGAUCCGGACCGGGUUCGGUGCCAACCCGGGCUGCGCGCCCCUCAGCACCGCGAACUGCACACUGGGGUCCCUGCGCGAGCACCAGCCCACACCCUAUUCCACAGUUCCAUAUAAGUUCUUCUCGGACCCUUCUGGUUUGAACGAGAAGCGGAAACAGCGGCGCAUAAGGACCACCUUCACGAGCUCACAGCUGAAGGAGCUGGAGCGCGUGUUCGCAGAGACCCACUAUCCCGACAUCUACACGCGCGAGGAGCUUGCACUCAAGAUCGACCUUACUGAGGCGCGGGUGCAGGUGAGUCCAGUGGUAUGGUUCCAGAACCGGCGGGCUAAGUUCCGUAAGGUGGAGCGUGCGGCCAACUCUAAAUCUGGUAACGGGACCGGGGGCCCAGGAGGGAACAAUGGCUGUACCGGGGGUAAAAAGGGCGAGCCCAGAUCUUCCUCGGAUGACGACGAAUCAAAAGAGUCCACCUGCAGUCCCACCCCUGACAGCACCGCCUCGCUGCCCGGCUCAGCCAAUGGGAACAUGGGUAGCCCUGCCAGCCUCAGCCCCAGCCCCGCCCCUGCUAACAGUGGCUACGCUAACACCUCCAGCUCCCCCGUUCUGCAGGGGCUCAAACCCCCUGGCUGGCCCAGCCUAGGCCCCGCCCACCCAGGAAUGGCCCAACCCGCAGCCCAGGCUCCAGAGCUGCUGAAGGCGUGGCAGCCGGCAGACAGUAUGACAGGGCCUUUCGCUGGCGUGCUCUCCUCCUUCCACCGGAAACCCAAUGCUCUCAAGACUAACCUGUACUAGAGACAAGGAGCACAGAUCUCUAGUAUAAGUACUGUAUAUCUAUACAGACUAACCUGUACUAGAGACAAGGAGCAGAGAUCUCUAGUAUAAUUACUGUAUAUCUAUACAGACUAACCUGUACUAGAGACAAGGAGCAGAGAUCUCUAGUAUAAUUACUGUAUAUCUAUACAGACUAACCUGUACUAGAGACAAGGAGCAGAGAUCUCUAGUAUAACUACUGUAUAUCUAUAUUGUCCUUCCCCCUCUAUCUACUGCCCCCCGGAGCGGGACUACCCCCUUUCAUUUAUUACCACCCGAACACUCCAUGUGGCAGUUGUAGUUUGUGAAUGUGUGAGUGUUUGUGUUGAAGUGUGUGUAACAUGCAUCUCGUACGGGGAGUGUGUGUGUGUGUGUGUGUGUUUAUGUAUGUGUAUGUGUGUGUGUCAGUUGUCUGUAUGUUCUCACUCCAACAAAGCUACACAUACUUCCCAACACACACACUAUACACAGUACGAAAGGCCUUAGCAGACAUUGUGGUGCACUUAGUAACAGUAGCUCCUAGCCCCUGUACCCCCUGAUUAGUAUGUGAACAUGGCAGGGUGAAGGUAAACAGUCAGUCUCCCUGGGGAGACUCAGGGGACAAAACCCAAACUGUUACCAGCAAGCACAACUUCCUUUAUAUCCCUGGCAGAGAGAGGGGACCCCCAAAUCCCUCUGUACUGGAGAGGGGACCCACAAAUCCAAUUAUCCCCCUGAAGGCCAGACCAGACCCCCACUCACAUCCUCACUACACCCCACGCCAAUGUACCCCGACACAACUCCUACUGUCAGACAACCCCCCCGCCACCCCAAUGCCCGUUUCCCUGGACGACCAGCUCAAACAUCUCACAUAUACGUAUUCCUUUACCCUUCACAUAGCGACGCUCCCUCCCUGACUGACUGGCUGGCUGGCUCUCUCCCUGACUGAUUGUGGCUGGCUGGCUGACUGGCUGGUUCCCUCCCUGACUGACUGGCUGGCUCCCUCCCUGUCUGACUGGCUGGCUGACUGGCUGGCUGGCUCCCUCCCUGACUGACUGGCUGGCUCCCUCCCUGACUG